AGUAUCCCUGCUUCACCUGAAGACCAUACUCAUCAUCCUACGUACAUCAUCCAGGAAAAAGGGUUAACCCUCCCAGGUAACAUGGCACAAACAAUCACAUUGCUGCUGAUAACCCUUGGUGUGCUCCUCGGGCUCAUAACCGUACAAACAGACAAAAUCAGCUGUCCAUCUGGCAAAGUACCUGGUUGUGUGUUGUGUCAACCAACCUGUGAUAACCUGAAGCCUAAAUGUGAUGUUCCUGAAAAAUGUGUUCGAGGAUGUGUCUGCAAAAGUGGCACUGUAGAUAAUGGCCUUGGUGAAUGUGUGGAAGCGUCGAAGUGUGGACUCUGCGGGAACGCAACAUAUACCACAUGUACCAAUCCCUGCCCUAAAGGUGCAAUGUGCAUAAUAGGUUGUCUUGAAGGCUGCCUCUGUAAACCCAACUACGUGUGCCUACCUGACAGCAACAGAUGUGUCCUUCCUCAGGAUCUCCCCAAAGUGGAUCCAACAAUUACACCAUCCACAGUGUGUCUUAUUAGGAAGUCUCAAAAUGUAAAGUGACCUCGUCUAAUCAUAUGGAGAUGUGUCUGAUGAAAAUAAAGUGAUUGCUGACAUUGUU